GGCACGCUUCCAUGAGUAGCCAUAAGGUGCCAACUUCCAGAGUCUCCACAUCCGUGCCUCUAUCCGUUUGCGCAUUUCUUCAAGCAGUUGGCAAGCGGAACACACACACACACACACACACACACACUCUCUCUCUCUCUCUCGUACUUCGUGAGCGUUCCUCCUCUCGUUGCCUUCCCGAAGGCGGUAGAAUCCAACCGAUGGGCUCGCGAGUGAUUCUCAUUUCCACAUAGUCCGAUGAGAUCUUAGCCCAUGAGGAAUGCGGUUGCAACCUUUCGCCGUCACCGCCGUCAUGCAUCGCCCAUUUGUCGUCGCCUCUCCCAGCUUCCCAGAACUGUAAGCUAUGAAGCUAAGUCCAUCUUGUCGAAGUACUCAUCCUUGGAAGGCUGGGAAAAUAUUGCAAUUGUAAGAGGGCGGAAUAAGUUCCUUCAGUCAAACACGUUCCACCGAAAUUCCUUUUCUACUGGCUUCACCAGUGUGCAUGGUGAACGACCAUCUGCAGAGUAUGCAAAGUUAAGGAAGGAGUCUCUAGAAAGUGAAUUUGGACAUGCACUAGGGACUUAUAGCUCCAAAAGUGCUUCUAUUUUCUACCAUUUUGGCCCAUUUUUGGCCCUGUAUAGAGCAACAAUUAUUUCAUUCCACGUGUUGAAGUUGACCAUUUGGCGCUUCUUUGUUCAAGACAUAAAAAAACGUUCAAUAAAGUUCCGUGAAACUCUAAUUCGCUUGGGACCUUUCUAUGUUAAGCUUGGCCAGGCUUUGAGCACUAGGCCAGAUAUAUUGCCUACAAUAUAUUGCGAUGAACUUGCUAAGCUACAGGAUCAAAUACCCCCAUUUCCGACUCGUGUUGCAAUGAAAUCUAUUGAAUCUCAAUUGGGUGUUCCUAUUUCACAAAUAUUUGCUGACAUCAGCCCAGAGCCCAUUGCAGCAGCGUCCUUAGGACAGGUGUAUAAAGCUCACCUGCAUUCUGGAGAGCUGGUAGCUGUUAAAGUACAGAGACCUGGAAUGUCACUUUUAUUGACCCUAGAUGCCUUGUUGUUCAAUAUGAUUGGUGGCCAACUAAAACGAUUUGCGAAAGCUCGUAAGGAUCUUUUAGUUGCUGUGAAUGAGAUGGUAAGACACAUGUUUGAUGAAAUUGAUUACAUCCUAGAGGGACAAAAUGCUGAGCGCUUUGCUUCUCUCUAUGGCUCUUUCCCCUCAGGUAAUUACCAUAAAAAUUCUCCACGGCUUUCUGGGAAUCCUAUUGAAUACAUGAAUGCAAACCGCAUUAAAGUUCCAAAAAUAUAUUGGAACCUUACGCGCAAAGCUGUACUCACAAUGGAAUGGGUAGAUGGAAUUAAACUUACGGAUGAAACUGGCCUAAAGAAGGCUUGUCUAAAACGAAAGGAACUGAUUGACCAGGGAUUAUACUGCUCCUUGAGGCAGCUGCUUGAGGUAGGGUACUUCCAUGCUGACCCUCAUCCAGGAAACCUUGUUGCCAUGGGUGAUGGAUCUCUUGCUUAUUUUGACUUUGGAAUGAUGGGAGAUAUUCCACGUCAUUAUCGUGUAGGGCUUAUUCAAAUGCUUGUGCACUAUGUUAAUCGUGACUCUCUGGGUUUGGCAAAUGACUUUCUUUCUUUGGGAUUUAUUCCUGAAGGGGUUGAUGAACAGUUAGUUUCAGAUGCCUUGCUACAGUCCUUUGGCGAUGGGAGUAGACAAUCGCGAGACUUCCAGGGUAUAAUGAACCAACUGUAUGAUAUCAUGUAUGAAUUUAAUUUCUCCCUUCCACCGGAUUAUGCCCUUGUUAUGAGAGCACUGGGAUCACUAGAAGGAACUGCUAAAGCUUUGGAUCCUGAUUUCGAAGUUGUUGAGAGUGCAUAUCCUUUUGUCAUUGGGAGGCUUUUGGCAGACCCAACUCCUGAUAUGAGGAAAAUAUUAAGGGAACUUCUUAUCUGUGACAAUGGCUCCAUAAGGUGGAAUCGGCUAGAACGCUUGGUAGCUGCAAUAUCAGAACAAGCUUCUGAGUCAGUUGGGGAAUCCUCUAUCCCUGGAGAAAAUUCUUCAAAUCCUUCAGGAUGGAAAUCCUUUGACAUGCGUGCUGUUGUUGCAGCCACCGAGGAUCUUUUAAAUUUUAUUCUGUCUGAUAAGGGUCUAAGAGUACGUGCUUUUAUUAUCCGGGACAUAGUUAGUGCAGCUGAUGUUUUUCUACAAGAUGAAGUUGUUGCUUGCAUUUCUGACGAGUAUGCAGAAAAAGAGGCAUCGGACUCUCAGGGAGAUGCAAUGCUUGCAAGGGUGGUUAAAGGGUUUCAGUAUCUCCGGCAGGCAAUAAACUUGGCACCGGAGGUGUGGACAGCAAUGCUAAUACGGAUGGCCUUGAAGCCUGACGUUCAUAGAUUUACCCUGGACAUCAUUUCAGCCUUGUUUAUGCAUCUAAGCCAUAGAAUUCCUGAGACUCUCUGGGUUUGUAUUUCUAGACUUCUCCACAAGUUGGUGAAAAAAUGCAGUUCUCAUGAUUUAUGAAAUAGAGUAACCAUUGCUUUUUGUUUUUCGUUUUCGAUUUAGUUUUUGUUUUGGAAAGAAGUGGGGAAGGGAGUGGGGUGUGAGUUGGCAAUAGGAAUAUUCAAUAGAGUUAAUCUUAACCAUCCACAAACCAUAGGGAUAGAAGUAGCAAGAUCUUAGCAUAGGUAGAUUGGACAUGAGUGCCCUAUAGAAAGGAAGUCUUGUCUUGUAAACACAUCAUCUGGAGCUUGUAUUAUCUUCUUACAAAAAUAAUAGAAAUCCUCUCAUCUUCCCUCUGCUUUU